GUCGGCGUGACUUUAAGUGGCUGAGUCUGGAGGAGCAUCAUGUUGAGGGGCCGGCGGCUCUUGGGUUCGGCGUUGCCUAGGCAACAGCUGCUCUUAAACAGCUGCAGAUGGUGUUCUUCAGGAAUUGUUCCCAACGAAAAGAUUCGCAACAUAGGGAUUUCUGCACACAUUGAUUCUGGAAAGACUACAUUAACUGAGCGCAUACUCUUCUAUACAGGAAGGAUAGCACAAAUGCAUGAGGUAAAAGGAAAAGAUGGGGUUGGUGCAGUCAUGGAUUCGAUGGAGUUGGAACGACAGCGCGGGAUCACUAUUCAGUCUGCAGCAACUUAUACCAUGUGGAAAGACACAAAUAUUAACAUAAUUGACACCCCAGGGCAUGUUGAUUUCACUAUCGAAGUAGAAAGGGCACUGAGAGUUCUUGAUGGAGCCAUCUUGGUGCUGUGUGCCGUUGGAGGGGUUCAGUGCCAGACCAUGACAGUGAAUAGGCAGAUGAAGCGGUACAAUGUCCCGUUUUUGACCUUUAUCAACAAACUGGAUCGAACGGGCUCAAAUCCUAACAGAGCUGUGCAACAACUCAGAUCCAAGCUGAAUCAGAAUGCUGCACUUAUCCAGAUUCCAAUGGGACUGGAGGGGAAUUUCAGAGGGAUCAUUGAUCUAAUUGAAGAAAAAGCUAUCUACUUUGAUGGUGACUUUGGCCAAACUGUUAAAUAUGAUGAAAUUCCUUCUGAGUUCAGAGCAGAAUCUGUGGAUCGCCGCCAAGAACUGAUUGAGUGUGUUGCAAACAUAGAUGAACAGCUUGGGGAGAUUUUUCUUGAAGAGAAGAUCCCAACCACAGCUGACAUGAAGCUUGCAAUCAGAAGAACAAUCCUCAGUAAAUCCUUCACACCUGUGCUGGUUGGAAGUGCUCUGAAGAACAAAGGUGUGCAACCUCUGUUGGAUGCUGUUCUAGAAUACCUCCCAAACCCAUCAGAAGUGCAGAACUAUGCUCUUCUCAACCAGGAGAAUUCUCAGGAAAAAUCCAAAAUAUUGAUGGGUUCUGUCAGAGACAAUUCCCUGCCUUUUUUGGGCCUGGCAUUUAAACUUGAGGCUGGACGUUUUGGACAGCUCACUUACAUUCGCGUUUAUCAGGGGAUGUUAAAGAAAAGUGAUAACAUCUACAACACCAGGACUAGGAAAAGGGUGCGGGUGCAGAGACUUGUCCGCCUGCACGCAGACGUGAUGGAGGAUGUGGAACAAGUUUACGCAGGAGAUAUCUGUGCAUUAUUUGGCAUUGACUGUGCUAGCGGGGAUACAUUCACAGAUAAAUCUAGCACUGACCUUUCCAUGGAAUCGAUUCACGUCCCUGAUCCCGUCAUUUCAGUAGCAAUGAAGCCAUCCAACAAGAAUGAUUUGGAUAAGUUUUCAAAAGGCAUUAACCGUUUCACAAGGGAAGAUCCCACCUUCCGAGUCCAUUUUGACACAGAGAGCAAAGAAACCAUUGUUUCCGGAAUGGGAGAACUACAUCUGGAAAUCUAUGCUCAGCGAAUGGAAAGAGAAUAUGGUUGUCCUUGUGUUACCGGGAAACCUAAAGUAGCCUUUAGAGAGAGCAUUGCGGCAACUGUACCGUUUAACUUUACUCAUAAAAGGCAGUCUGGUGGGGCAGGCCAGUUCGGUAAAGUGGUGGGAUUUCUAGAGCCUCUGGAACCCGAGAACAACACCAGAGUGGAAUUUUCUGACAGAACGGUUGGAACAAAUAUUCCAAAGCAGUUUGUGCCAGCUAUUGAAAAGGGAUUUCGUGAUGCGUGUGAGAAAGGCCCUUUGACAGGUCACAAGAUUUCAGGGGUGCGGUUUGUCUUAGAGGAUGGUGCUAAUCACAUGGUGGACUCUAAUGAAAUCUCUUUUAUACGAGCUGGUGAAGGAGCCCUGAAACAAGCUAUGGAUGAUGCAACAAUAUGUAUUCUUGAGCCCAUUAUGUCUGUGGAAGUUGUAGCACCCAACGAAUUCCAAGGAGUAGUGAUUGCAGGACUAAAUCGCCGCCAUGGCGUCAUCACAGGGCAAGAUGGAGCAGAAGACUAUUUCACUCUCUAUGCUGAAGUGCCAUUGAAUAAUAUGUUUGGAUAUGCUACAGAACUGAGGUCAAGCACAGAGGGAAAAGGUGAAUACACAAUGGAAUACAGUAGAUACCACCCUUGUUUACCCAGUACACAGGAAGAAUUAACUAAUCGAUAUCUAGAAGCAACGGGACAACUUUCUGGGAAAAAGGGCAAAGCUAAGAGCUGAUUCACUUCCAUGUGAGCUGAUUGUAAGGAUCUGCUGACAAGCUUCUACUGUUGCAAAGCUCAAUUGAUUUAAAAAAAACCUCAAAAUUCAGAAUAGGCCGCUGAAUUUCUGCUUGGAUCAAUAUUUUGACUUUAUUAAGUCACUAAGAGACUGCCAUUGAAAUGUUCACAUGGAAAUUCCAUUAAUUAAUCACUGUCUUAAUUUAAUAAAGUGUCUUUGGUUUUAA